AUGGGGGUGAGGAGGUUAGUGCGGGUGAUGGGGGUGAGGAGGUUAGUGUGGGUGAUGGGGGUGAGGGUUAGUGUGGGUGAUGGGGGUGGGGGAGGUUUAGUGCGGGUGAUGGGGGUGAGGAGGUUAGUGCGGGUGAUGGGGGUGAGGAGGUUAGUGCGGGUGAUGGGGGUGAGGAGGUUAGUGCGGGUGAUGGGGGUGAGGAGGUUAGUGCGGGUGAUGGGGGUGAGGAGGUUAGUGCGGGUGAUGGGGGUGAGGGUUAGUGUGGGUGAUGGGGGUGAGGGUUAG